UUUUAAAGUCGGUAAAAAGUAAAAACUACAACUGGCAUAGAAGCAAUAUAUUAUUACGAACAUUUAAUUGGUGACUGUUUUUUAAAAUAUUAACCCAAAUCUGUAAGGCUAUGAUUAUCUCACUAUGGCACCAAUAAUAUAAAAUGUGAUUUUUUUCAAUACAAUGUUGUUUUAAUUCAUAACAUUUCAAUCAAAUUGAAAUGGAUGAUGCCGAGGCAACAUCAGAACAAUUUUCAACACAAGAACCUAAUAUAAAUUUGGAAGUUUAUCCGGCCGUAGAAGUUCCCUUGCCAGUCAUACCUUUACCGCUUAUUGCACCGUCACCACAGUUGUCUGUCGCAAAGUCUCCGCAACCGUCUGCUACGAAGACAAGUUCCCUGCGCAGUGCAACGCCCUCGGCGCAGUCCGCCCAUCUAUCUUUACUACCAAUCAGUUCCGUGCAAGGCGCCACACCUACCAACACUUUGAAUACUAAUGUAUUUGUACUGGAUCCAGCAAAAAUACUAGCGCCAAAGAACAACAGUGAGAAAUUGGAACUAGAUUCACUGAAUCAAAAAAGCUCAAAAGAAAAAUCUCUGAUAGAGGACAUAUUCGAACUGGACCAAAAAUCCACAAAAGAAGAAAAACCCCAGAAAGGAAGCACCACAACAUUCGAAUUGGAAUCAAAAGACACAAAAAAGAAGUCUCUGAGAAAGAACAACAAUAGUAAAAGCGAACUAAACUCAAAAAAACAGCCUACGAAGAAAAGUUUUCCCUCAGCAAUAAUGCCUAAAGACAAGAUUUCAAGAACACCGAGUUUGCGUCAUGGCAGCCCAGAUAGUAAAUCAAUCACCGAAAAGUUUAACGAACUAAAAGAAACUGUCCAAGAUCUUGCAAGCGAUAUCGUGGAUUCUAAAUCAAAUAAGUUAACUACUAAUAUUGACAAGAUAGCAUGUAUGAGCAAAGCGCUGACAAACGAAGCUAAUGCUUUGAGACAAUCCAUAAAGUGUUUGACCGAAGAUAUCGAACGCACCAAGCAAGAACUGUGCUGCUGUACUAAGGACGAAGAUGUUAAUUUUCCAUAUCACUUAUUUCUCAUUGAAAUGAUAGUAAACAAAAUUCAUAUGAAAUGUGAAUGUUUCGAGAUAGAUUACAAUAAUUUGGUUAUAUCAGCCAUAUUUUUGGGAAAACCACCAAUUGUAUUAUAUGAUUCGUCUUUUGGCAAAAUUGAGAAUUUUAGUAAAUUAAAUGUUGGCAAAUCGACCAUGUUUGCCAUGACUUACGAUAAAAUAUGCAAUAUUAAGGAAUUCGAAAUAGAUUUGCUUUUGACAAAGCAGCCUCCGUGUUCUACAUGUGUGACGAGAAUAGCUGAAACUCAUAUGGACUUCACAUGCGAAUUUAACCAAUUAAGAGAAGAACUUUGUAAGAAAUGGACGAUGGAACAGCCGCAAGACAAUAUCUUGUGCACCACUUCUACCCCACUUUCUAAGAACAUGUACUACUUGUCAUGCUGUGAUGGUGAAAAUAGAGACUCUAUAGGAGUUAUUGAAGUAACAGUUAGAAUGUCCUUCUUGGGCAAAGAGAUAACGACGGCUUUUUGUGCAUCACCGAAACCACAAGAGGCGUCUGUCCUUCUCAAAGAAGACCACGGCAUGACCAUGUAUUCUUGUCAUAAGGUUGAAAUGAAUGAUCAGGGUAAGAUACUACUUGAUGAAGGAGUGAUGACGAAAAAAGCAACAACAUGUUGCUCCGAUCUACACAGACGAUCAGAAAGUCCGCAAUCGCAAAUAUCUAGCGCUCUCUCUAGACGGUGUUAUGAACCAACUCCUGUGCCUUACAACGAGAAUGAUCGAGCGCCAAAAUAUGAUGAAAUAUAUACCAAAAUGAAUGUCAAUGAAUUGAGGAUCAGAGUUCCAAAGACCAGUAAGGUAGAAAGAAUGGGGAAAUAUGAUAAGAUUCAAGAAUUAUGCUCAUGUGACAGUACAGCAUACAAUACUGGAGAACAAAUACAAUUCGAAUUACCAAAAGACGUUGCGUAUCCCGAAAAGACUUACACGUCAAACUUGAAGUAUACAUUGAAAGGACCAGAGAGACCGCCUGAUAGGAAAGACAAGAAAAUUAUCAAUGUAACACCCAGUAGUUGCCCUGUUCCUGUCAAUAUGCAGAAAGUUUUGCAUCCACAGAAAGAUGUGUUCAUUUUAAAAAUUGGUAAGAAAUUGGAAACAAAGGAUAAAAAAACUGACCUUGAAAUAGAACUGAUAACACCAAAAGGUCCUUGUGACAACAAACCUUUAGAAAGCAGCAAUACUGGGCAACAAUGCAGUCCUAGCGACAUUACAAAACCGAAUUCAAAGAAACGCAAAGGCAAAAAUAAGAAAGCAAAAGGAGGCAAAGGAAAGAAAGGCAAAAAAGGAAAAAAGAAAUAA